GGCGGAGGGGGGUUUGCGUAAGAUGAAGGCGAGGCAGCAUUUCCUGUUUCUGCUGGAUAUCUAUCUAUGUACAGUAUAUAUAGCAGCUAAUAGCUGACAUCUUCAUGGCACUGACUCUCUGCAGUGCAGGGCUAGUGCCCUGGGUGAGCAAUGGAUUAGAUGUGCAGUGAAUCUAAAUGACACAGGCAGUGCCACUGAAGAAAGAGGACGUUACCGAUGGCCAUAUGUAUGUUGUGUUGGUUGAAGACAAUUUGUGGGAACAGUGGGCACUAGAUGAUUGUUACCUCGGACAUGGACUCUCACGAGGAUGACAGCUGGCUGGAAGACCAUUGGGAAGAAUGGUUAACCCACGACAUAAGCCUGGAGGAGUUUGAAGAUGAAGACCUGUCAGAGAUAACAGAUGAAUGCGGGAUAAGUCUGCACUGUAAGGAUGGCCUGGCCAUGAGGACUCACGUGACUCUGGAGACUCAUAAUGCCCCGACUACAAGCAGGAACGAGGCAAGUUCAUUUCAGGCGGAGAUGCUGCAGCUGGAUUUGAUCGAUGCCGUGGACGACAUCGACGAGGAAGAGGAGGAGGAGGAAAGGGACAAAGCCGCAAAACAACCUGCGCCCAUCACCAUGGCCACGUACAAGCCCAAGCGACCCACCACCUUAAACAUAUUCUCCCAGGUUCCUCGAGCUCAGGACACGCUCAACAACAACUCGUUUGGCAAGAAGUACAGCUGGCAAGAGAAGGUUUCCCGCUCCUCCUCCCCACUGAAGACAGGGGAGCUGACGCCUCCGCACGACCACAUUUGCCUGGGGGAUGAGACCAAGCCCGUGAACAGCAGCUCUGCGUUGUCCAAAGACAAGGGAACACUGACCGUCCAGGUAAACUCCUGCCGGCGGGUGACCCCGGGCAAGAACGAGACCCUCGCGUCAAAGUCCGCGGAGCCGCCCUCGACCACCGGCCAGUGCACGAAGGGCAGCGAAGGCCACCACGAUGACUGCUCCCAGUACCAGACGCGAGUGCGGAUCGAGGCGACCGAGGAGAUUUACCUAACGCCGGUGCAGAGGAAUUCCGACUCCUCCGAGAACGAGAAGCCCUUUUUGUCCCAGUCCAACGAGAACAGGAUGUCGGUCAGUUCGGACAUUGACGCCGCUCAUUACCUGGCCUUGCCGGACCACCCCAAGCCCUCGAUCAGCGAGGAGGAUGAGGUGAUCGCUUACCUGUCCACGUGCCGCAGUCGCCCUUUGCCACGGACCUCGCUCGGCGCUGACGGGGCCUGUCAGGCGGGGGCUGGCGCCCAGCGGACCUCAGUCAGCUCCGACAGCGCUUUGUCGUACGAUUCCGUUAAGUACACGUUGGUGGUGGACGAGAACAUGCAGCUCGAGCUGGUCAGCCUGAAGCCCUGUUACUCGGGCUACAGCGACGACAGCGACUCGGCCACGGUUUACGACAACUGCCUGCCGUCGCCGUACGAGUCUGCCAUCGGCGAGGAGUACGAGGAGGGCGUGCUGAAGAGGGACUCCGUUUGCCUGUCGGAAAACUCCAGCCCGGAAGCAGAUAUUCCCUUCUCAAAGAAGUUCCUCAAUGUUUUUAUGAACGGCAGAUCAAGAUCAUCCAGUGCAGAAUCGUUUGGGCUGUUCUCGUGCACAAUAAACGGAGUAGAAAGGGAGCAAACACACAGAGCUGUGUUCAGAUUUGUGCCCCGACAUCAUGACGAGUUGGAGCUGGAGGUGGACGACCCUGUGCUGGUGGAGGUCCAGGCCGAUGAUUUCUGGUACGAGGCCUACAACAUGAGGACCGGAGACAGGGGCAUCUUCCCGGCGUACUACGCACUCGAAGUUACGAGAGACCCGGACCUCUUUCCACCAGCGAUAGAAAAACAGAACGACUGGGUAGACAAAUUUCAUUUGAAGUUCCUGGGUUCGGUCCAAGUGCCGUACCAUAAAGGAAAUGAUGUGCUGUGUGCAGCUAUGCAGAAGAUUGCAACAACAAGAAGAAUGACCGUGCAAUUCAACCCUCCUUCUAGCUGUGUUUUGGAGAUCAGUAUGCGAGGCGUUAAACUAGCGGUGGAAGCAGACGGAUUCGCCAACUACAAUCAGGGGUUUGACUGCGCUGGAAGGAAACUGGGGAAGACGUUCACGUGUUUGGCGGAGGGCAGUAAAUGCAGCCACUUCUUUCAACUGAAGAACGUUUCGUUCUGUGGGUAUCAUCCAAAGAACACCAAAUAUUUUGGUUUUAUUACCAAACAUCCUUCAGAUCAUCGAUUUGCCUGUCAUGUCUUCGUGUCUGAGGUUUCAACCAAACCUCUAGCAGAAUCAGUAGGGAGAGCCUUCCAGCAGUUCUACAAAGAAUAUGUGGAGUACACAUGUCCAACAGAAGAUAUUUAUCUGGAGUAGAAGCCGUUGACCUCGAAUCGUCCUGCUCUAUGUCAGUGUCAUUCCCUCACUCACCACCAUGCAUGAACAUGCUGUACUCAAUCAAGCCAGUAACAAAGUGGUUCCACACUGUACAGAACCUCGGUUUUAACCAAUUACAUAUUAUGUUUAGCCAUAAUACACAGAACCACAUCACAGGCAUUUAACAAAGGAAUGUGACCUUCGUUCUCAGAAGAACCCGGUCUAAGUUAGCCACCUUCAGUGGCAAAACAAGGCAAGCCCAUGUCUCUUAACACCUCUGUGAUGCAUUUGGUACAUAUUUUGUCCACCAGGGCCCACUAUUACAUAUCUGGUAAAUAGCAGGAUCAGAAACAGCAGCCAGCGCGAGCAAGUCACAAGAUUUGUUGUAACGCUGACUGACGUUCCCUUGUACUAAUUAAUAAUGGUGUUGUGUGUAAAGUUCUGAAACUUUGUUGGAGUGUGCAAUGUGGUUUAUUUAAAGGUUUGGUGACAGCA